AUGCAAUAUAUAAACCAUUGUGCAUCUCCAUUUGCACAAGGUGACGAACUCAAAGCAUUUCAGGAGCAAGCUCGUCUCGAUUGGACUCAUUUUCUCAAACAUCGAUCACAUGAAUUGAUUCCCGGUGGUAUACUUAUUCUUCUUUUUCCCUCUGUUGACGAUCGAGGCUCAAAUGGUUUAGAUAUUGUCAGAGAACUUCUCUAUAAAUGUGCUCGAUCUUAUCUUACUCCGCAAGAAUUACUUGAUUAUACAUUUCCGAUAUAUACUCGUUCAUAUUCAGAAUGUAUCGAUGAUCAACUCUUUGCUCGUUACUCUUUUGAAUUGAUUAAAUCUGAUUCUGGUUCUGUUAAAAUGCCUUUUAUCGAGCAAUGGCAAAAUGGACAAAUGACACUGGAUGAAUUUGUUCGAUCAAUGGCAUUAUACGUUCGUAGUUGGUCUGAAUCGACUCUUAAACAUGCACUAUUAGUAAAUAAUCGACUAAAAGAAGAUAUCGAACAAAUAUUAAAUCAAUUUUGGUCUUUAUAUGAACACCAAGUAAGAAAAGAAUGUUAUCAAUUAGUAGAUAUGUAUAUAAAUUUUACUUCUUUGGUUUUGAAAAAAAAGAAGAAAAACAUUGAAUAA